AUGUCGAACCGCUACUCAGUCUUUUCCAACCAGUCCGCCGGACUUUCGGCUGGACCUCGGCCGGCCUCACAACAUGCUACGCAGGUCUCGACCACCACGCUGCUGAAUGCCCUCCACUCGUUUUACAGCGCUGGUCAGUCAUACCAGCUCGACGCGGGCACCAGCUUGGUGGUGAACACCUGGGUGACCGCCGGCACAACUCUCCCCGAUGGCCGCAGCGGCGCGACUGUUGACCGGGAUUUGGCCGUCCGGGCUUGGGAACACGCCCGGAGGCGAGCUGAGGAUGGUUGUGUGGUUCUUUGCUCACUCCACCAGUCUACCCCCUCACUGCUGGAACCAUUUAUUACGGCACUCCCUAUCCCCACUCCAGAUGUGGCAUUGACUGCUUUAGCCGCUUUGCGACCAUUCCUAUCCGCUGUCACCUCCUUUAACCCGUCAUAUUCGCUACACUCCGCCCUAUCAGCUUCCUACACCUUGACCCUUCAGGGUACAGUCGUGGGUCUUUCUCUGGCCUUGUCUAGCUCCGGCAUCAAUGUGCGCAAGGGUCUACUGGAAAUACCCAAGGAGGCGGGUUUCCGUGCAUUCGACGUUUUUUACUACCUCUUGACAUCUGCUUCCACGCCCGCUGAGCGUGAAUUCCUGGCUUUGCAAGAUCCUUCAACAUAUGCCUUGCUAAAUCGAUCUGGGACCUACUCACCUCCAACUUAUUUGCCUACAGCCGAUGACACAGCUUCGGCUGAAGAUUUCAGAGCUCACUUGAAGGCCCUUGGUAUCAAGGGAGCCUCCCAGCGAGGUCUGCUCACGGUCCUUGCAGGUCUCCUCAAGCUCGGUAACGCAGCUGGACUGGAGGUUGACCAAGAAGAGCUGGAGGAAGUCUGCGAAGAUGUAGGUGGUCUUCUGGGGGUUGACCCUGAGAUACUAUUGCACAAGUGCUCCACUGAUGAGCGCGAGAUCCUAAUUGCUGGGAUCUAUGAAGCUCUCGUGGACUGGGUGAUUGGCAAGGCAAACGAUGCCAUUGCAGCUGAGAUCCAGAUUGCACUAGAAAAUGACUCCAGCAACGGUGGUGCUGGUGCAGCUCACAUUGCUAACGAGGACACCGUCAGCCUGACUGUGGUCGACGUCCCGCGCCCAGCUCUUGGUAAAGCUAUCGCAAUGAGAGGAGUGUUUGAUGAUGACCUUGGUUUGAAUGCUGAGAUGAAAGAAGAUGGAAUCACUAUCCCGCCUGUCGGCCAGUCGGUCAUUAACGAAAUGAACACAGCAGUAGCCCAAGUCGAGACAGAUCUUGGUAUCACGACCGGGGCUGCUGGGCGGGAGCGGGAACAUGAUCUUGACAGACGUCAAGGAGUCUUAGAAAAGGUUGGAGUCGAAGUCGAGGCGGAUUCAUUCUUGCGCCAGUUGUUGUUCCCAGACGAGACCGAGGAAAUCUCUCUCGGCAAGCAUGGGCGCUUCGACCUUGCCACUACUCUCGGUAGCAGCCGUGUCUGGUACCAUCUCUCCAUUCACCCCACUGAUGACUUACCGGGUCAGCUCAAUUUGUCCUCUCCGGCUUGGUCCGCUGGUGCUGUGUCGCGCCAGCUGCGGGAUUGGCGACUCCCUGAGUGGGCCAAUCGUCGUCUCAAGCAGCUUGACUUUACUGCGGAUUUCGAUAUUGAGGAGUUCGAAGCUCGCUACGAACGGCUUGGCUGCACAGAAGGCCAAGAUGGCGUUGAAAACUGGAUUAUUGAACGAGGCUGGAGUAACGGCGACGCCGUCGUUGGCCACCAACGAAUCUGGAUGAGAGAGGGUGCGUGGUGGGAAGCAGAGUCCAUGUUAGAUCUGAAACCGGAUGCCACCCUCCAGAAUCCUUUCAUCUAUGGCGCUGCCAUGUAUGAGCCGGGUCUCACUCCAGACGGCCAUGCCGUUGGCGAGGGCACCAAUCUGCUGGGAAGCCAGAACGAUCUCCUCAUGCAACAAUCGAUGCUUGCCCCGAGCGUCAUGGGAGGCGCCAAGUCUAUUGCUCCUAGUGCACCCUUGACGCAUGCUGCUAGUCCUGGUGACUACGGUCUUGGCCACAAAGGUGACGACAACAAAGGAGAUAUUGCCUACUAUGAUGACUAUGGUCGGUAUAUUGGUGACCUCGAUCCCGAAUUCGGUGACCCGAAGCACAUUGAGAAAAAGAAGAUCACCUUCGGUCGCCGGGCAUGGACUGCUUUUGUCUGGGCCAUGACCUUCUGGAUUCCGUCUUUCUUGCUUCGCUACGUUGGUCGUAUGAAGCGUCCUGACGUUCGAAUGGCGUGGAGAGAGAAAGUUGUCUUGGUUUUCCUGAUCUUGCUCUUCAAUGCUGUUGUCUGCUUCUAUAUCAUGGCCUUCGGUGACCUUCUCUGUCCCAACAAGAACAAAGUUUGGAACAACAAGGAGGUUAGCUGGCAUACCCAAGACAAUAACUUCUUCGUCAGCAUUCAUGGCCGGGUGUAUGACAUUUCCAAAUUCUGGAAACAGCAACACAGUGAUGACGGGACCGACACAACGUCUUCCAACAUGAAACAGUUUGCUGGCUUGAAUCUAGAUGCCUACUUCCCCCCACCUCUGACAGUGUAUUGCUCGGACUACGUCAAGAGUGAAUCGAUCAAUUUGUCGAAUAAUGACACCACUGCCGUCUCGGACGUCAGCGCUGUACAUUCGUCUGGACCUGUCAACAAACCAAGUCCUACCACGGCCCUGCACAAAAUUACCUGGUAUCAAGAUAUUUUCCUGCCCAAAAUCGCGGAAUACUACAAGGGCGAGCUGGUUUGGACCAGAGAUACUGUCAUGAAACAAGCGAACGAUGACUCUCGUUAUUGGGUCAUCAAAGAUAAAAAGAUCUAUGAUCUCACAGACUACAUCUACACAGUCUCACUCGAGAAUAAUCUCUCAUCCUAUGAUUUCUUGCCAGACGCGGUGACCAAGCUCUUCAAGGAAAACAUGGGAGAAGAUGUGACAGACAAGUGGCCGGAUACGGAAGAUUUUCGAAAGGUCCAGACGUGUCUGGACUAUGUCUUUUACAAAGGCAAGGUCGACUUCCGAGAAGAUGCUCGCUGCACAGUCAAUAACUGGAUUCUUCUGACCUUCACUAUUCUGAUUUGUUGCGUUAUCGGUGUGAAGUUCUUGGCGGCUCUGCAAUUGGGAUCUAAACGUCGCCCCUCACCACAGGACAAGUUCGUCAUCUGCAUGGUUCCCGCUUACACAGAAGGAGAAGAUUCUUUGCGAAAGGGUCUCGACUCCCUCACUGCCCUUCAAUACGACAACAAGAGAAAGCUGAUCUUCGUCAUCUGUGACGGUAUGAUUGUCGGUGGUGGAAAUGACCGUCCGACACCCAAGAUUGUCCUUGACAUUCUGGGAGUAGAUCCCAAGAUGGACCCGCCUGCUCUGCCUUUCAGAUCCGUCGGUCAGGGCAGUGAACAGCUCAACUACGCCAAGAUUUACUCUGGCCUAUACGAAUAUGAGGGCAAUGUUGUGCCCUACAUCGUCGUGGUCAAGGUCGGCAAAGAAUCCGAACAAAGAAAAUCGAAGCCAGGUAACCGUGGUAAGCGAGACUCGCAAGUACUUCUGAUGCAUUUCUUGAAUCGCGUUCACCACCGUGGCCCAAUGUCACCCAUGGAGCUCGAGAUCUUCCAUCAAAUCAACAACGUCAUUGGUGUGGACCCGGAGCUGUACGAGUAUUGCUUCAUGGUCGACGCCGAUACCACUGUCAAGGAAGAUUCGUUGAAUCGUUUGGUGGCGGCUUGCGCUGCCGAUGCUAAAAUUGCGGGUAUUUGUGGUGAGACCAGUCUUGCAAACGAGGAGCGCACUUGGUGGACCAUGAUUCAGGUCUACGAAUACUACAUCUCGCAUCAUUUGUCCAAAGCCUUCGAGUCGCUGUUCGGCAGUGUGACUUGUCUUCCCGGAUGUUUUACUAUGUACCGUCUUCGAACCGCGGAUAAGGGCCGGCCUCUGAUCAUUGCCGACAAGGUUGUUGAGGAAUACGCGGAUAUUGAUGUCGACACUCUCCACAAGAAAAACUUGUUGUCGCUGGGAGAGGAUCGAUUCUUGACGACUCUAAUGACCAAGCACUUCCCGACUAUGCGGUAUAAGUUCCUCCCGGAUGCCUACGCAAGUACAGCCGCUCCUGAGACAUGGGGUGUGCUUAUGUCUCAACGUCGUCGUUGGAUUAAUUCGACCAUUCACAAUUUGGUGGAGCUGGCUGCUCUCAAGGAUCUUUGCGGUUUCUGCUGCUUCAGUAUGCGCUUCGUCGUACUCGUGGAUCUCUUGGGAACAGUCAUCUUGCCCGCUACGUGUGUCUACUUGGGAUACCUGGUCUACCGUGUCGCUAGCGACACUGGUCCAUUCCCCUUGAUUUCAAUCAUUAUGCUUGCCGCUAUCUACGGUCUUCAAGCAAUAAUUUUCCUCAUUAAGCGCCAGUGGCAGCACAUUGGAUGGAUGAUCAUUUAUCUCCUCGCCUUCCCCAUCUACAGUUUCGUCUUACCGCUGUACUCUUUCUGGAAGCAGGACGAUUUCACCUGGGGUAGCACCCGCGUGGUCAUCGGUGAAAAGGGGGACAAGCGUGUCAUUGCAGUGGAGGAUGAAGCCUUCGACCCUCGCAGCAUUCCUUUGCAGCGUUGGGACGACUACGCGCUGGCCAACAAUCUCCCUGGCCGCCGUGGUGAAAUUAGCCAAGAGAAGGGCUUCACCGGUCGUUACGAUGAAAUGGCCAUGGAGAUGGACGACAUGCACUCUCAGUACUCGUCCGUCAAGCCAGCCUCGACAAUUUUGACCGGUUUCCCUGGCCAUGGUCGUCAAUCUGGUCUCUACAUGCCUCCGCAGUCACCUGCGCCUUAUGCAGGACACAAUAUGCCUGGAAACCGCAAUUCGCACAUGUCCCACUUCUCCCGCUACACCGAUCUACCUCAAAUGGGUGGCGGACAUGCUGCACCAGCUUCUCGCCCGAUGUCUGUCGCCAACCUCGGUGGUUACCAAGACCACCCGGGCCACCAGAGCCGUCACAGUCUUGGUGUCGUAAGCACUGACAACCUCCUGGCCGGACGGGCUCGUAGUCCGAUGGCUCAAUACCCCCCUUCGCGACCUGCGAGCACCGCUUUUGACUUCCGUGCUGCUAGUGGCAGUGGUCCCGAUGAGGGAUCCAUCACCGAAGCCAUUCGCGGAUGUCUAGCAGAGGUGGACCUCGACACAGUCACUAAGAAGCAGGUCCGCGUCCUCGUUGAACAGCGUCUCCAAACCUCACUCGCUGGUGACAAACGAGCCUUCCUGGACCGCCAGAUUGACCACGAGCUGGCGAACAUGUGA